AUGCUUCUGAGUUUCAGCACAUUAGUGUCUCGCAGAGCCAUUCUGUGCUUGCUAAGUAGUUGCACUAUUCUACAUACACCCAUCGCAAUGCCAGCAUCAAAGGUCCAGGACAAGAACGGCCAAGAAAUCCAUGAAGGCGACUACGUCUUCACGAGAAUCCGCGGAGGUUCCCACCAGGGAAAGGUCGAGAAGAUCGUCACCGACGAAGAAGAAGCAGAGAAGGAAGAUGUGAAGAAUCCUCCAAAGGUUAUUUAUAAAGAUCAACAUGGUCACCGAGUCGCGCAUAAUCCGGGGACAUUGGAGAAGACACAGCCGGAUGAGUGA